GUGCUGGAGGAGGGGGAGGAGGAGGACGGGAAGGUGGCCCCGAGGCAGCACCAGGGUUGCCACCAGCAGGGAGUGGGGGUGGAGGUGGAGGUAACAAUGAUGAAUUUAAGCUGGAAGGAGGAGGUGGUGGAGGUGGCGGAGGUGCAGGUGGUGCUUGCUUUUGAAAAGAGUCAAGAGUACUGGGUCCAGAAUGCAGCUCCAGACUUGUACUUAAACCUGAACGCAUUCUGCCAAACGGAGGAGGUGGAGGAGGCGGUGGCGGAGCUAUAUGUGAUAAGUUAGAAGGGGGUGGUGGUGGAGUGGGAACUUUACUUGUGGCAGGAG